AUGGAGACUCUGGCAAAAUCAAAAGGGAGGUGGGACGUGGACCUGCUGUGGCUUCCAGCAGCAACCCUAUGGGGUCUCAGGCACAAGUACCAGUUAACGUCUGGAUGGGACCCCUCUUUUGAGAAGGCUGCAAGGCCUCGUUUGUCCUCAGAGCAAGGUAAUCUAGUGUUCCGUGCUGGCUCUAGCAAAAAUAUUGAAUUUAGAACUGGACCACUGGGGAAAAUAAAAAUUAAUGAAGACGACCUUGCAGAACUUUUUAGUCAGGUGAGAGAAAGUAAUGCAGAGAUUCAGGAACUUAAAAAAGCCAAUGGUGCUUCUCAGAAUGUGUCCCGGCAGGUCGCUCUGUUGACCUCCAAGAUCGUGAGUCUUGACAACAAACUUCAAAGCUUAGAGCAGACUAUCCAGGGGAAAGCCUGCAGUAGUAACCCCUGUAAGAACUCGGGGACCUGUGUAAACUCUCUGGAUGGUUUCUUUUGCCUCUGUCCCAGCAACUGGCAGGGCCUCCUGUGUUCAGUGGAUGUUAAUGAAUGCCAGAUUUAUGCUGGAACAGCGUUAGGCUGCCAGAAUGGAGCCACUUGUGUGAACACGCCAGGCAGCUACAGCUGCUCCUGUACUCCAGAAACCUAUGGGUCUCACUGUGCCUUGAAGUUUGAUGACUGCCAGGGAGAAUCUGAGACACUCUGUGGGCAUGGCAUCUGCAUAGAUGCAGACAGGGAUCAGCCCAAUAGGCCCAAGUAUCGCUGUAUCUGUGACACUGGCUGGAUGUCCCCUCCUGGCAGCCCUGCCUGCAAUGCUGAUGUAGAUGAAUGCAGCCUCCCUAAUCGUCCAUGUUCACAGAAUCCGCCUGUGCAGUGCCACAACACACCAGGCUCCUACUGGUGUGGUCCCUGUCCCACAGGCUGGCAAGGAAAUGGCUACAGUUGCCAAGACAUUGAUGAAUGUCAGACUAAUAAUGGAGGCUGCUCAACAGUACCGAUGGUUCAGUGUAUGAACACAAUGGGAUCCUUCCACUGUGGGCUCUGUCCACCAGGUUAUGAGGGAGAUGGACAAACAUGUACCCAUGUUGAUAUCUGCUCAAUAAAUAAUGGAGGGUGCCAUCCUUUGGCUACUUGUACCUCAGCUCCAGGGCCAAUACCAUUUUGUUCCUGCGCAUCUGGAUACACUGGAAGUGGAUAUGGGCCAAGCGGGUGCUCUCCUCUCAGUGACAUCUGUCAGCUACAAAACCCUUGUGCAAAUGGGCAGUGCUUGGCAACGAUCUCUGGGUAUUUCUGCCUAUGUAAUGCGGACUGGACAGGCCCUAAUUGUACAGAGAACAUUGAUGAAUGCAUUAGCAACCCGUGCCAGAAUGGGGGGAGCUGCACUGAUGGCAUCAACAGCUAUUCCUGCGAGUGCACCAGCGCCUGGACAGGACCACAGUGCCAGACAGCCCAGCAAGUUUGUGGAGGAUACCUCUCAGGCUCCAGGGGGACUUUCAGUUACCCUAACAACCCAAACAGCCAGCGGUACAGCAGUGGGGUCAGCUGCGCUUGGCUUAUUCAAACAAAUCCCAACAAGAUCCUGCGUAUUAUUUUCCCAUUCUUCCAACUGGAGACAAGUCAUGACUGUAAUGCUGUGUUCCUACAAAUUCAUGAUGGGCCUUCAGCAUCAACGCAUAUGCUGGGAAAAUACUGUGGCUCCUCACCUCCUGAAGAGCUUUUCAGUUCCCACAACUCCCUCUAUUUUUGGUUCUACUCAAGCCACACUGUUACAGCUGGAGGGUUUACUGUUCAGUGGGAAUCUCGGGAUCCUGAAUGUGGUGGUGAGCUGACGGGUACUUAUGGCUCGAUAAGCUCUCCAGGAUACCCUGGUAACUAUCCUGUAAACAGAGACUGUUUCUGGACCAUCUCAACCAGUCCUGGCCUCCUCAUCACAUUUGCUUUUGGCACACUAAGGCUGGAACACCAUGAAAACUGCAGUUAUGACCAUUUAGAGAUUAGAGAUGGUCUUCUUCCACAAGACCCUGUCCUUGGCAAAUACUGUAGCACUGGAUCUCCACCCCCACUCCAAACCACUGGUCCAUAUGCAUGGGUUCACUUUCACUCUGAUGAGUUAGUUACUGAUAAAGGCUUCCACAUUCUCUAUACAACAUCUCCUGCAGAUCCAAGUUGUGGAGGAAAUUACACGGAUAGUGAGGGGAUUAUCACAUCACCUUUCUGGCCUAACCCUUAUGUCAACAACCGACAAUGUAUCUACAUUAUCAGACAGCCAGAGGAUGAAAGAAUAUACCUCAACUUCACCCAUAUGGAGCUGGAGAGUCACACUGGUUGUUCAUCAAAUUAUAUUGAG